UUCCCUAAUUCACAGUCUCUCUUUAAACACUCUUUUCACCUAGACACCACCGAAAGACAUACACACUCUCACACAUCCACCAUGCGUUUCUCCUCCACCGCCGCCGUUCUCGCGGCCACCGUCGCCACCGUCGUUGCUGAGGACAAGUACCUCGGCUUCAACUCGGGCGCCACCAACGACCAGGGCAAGGUCAAGACCCUCGAAGACUUCAAGACCGAGUUCAAGUCCCAGCAGGAGCUCAAGGGCGCCCCCGGCAAAUUCAACGCCGUCCGCCUCUACACCAACAUCAAGCCCGGCAGCGAGGACUCCCCCGAGCCCAUUGAGGCCAUCCCCGCCGCCAUCGAGACCAACACCAAGAUGCUCCUCGGUAUGUGGGCUUCCGGCACCACCAACGUGGACAAGGAGCUCGCUGCUCUCAACAAGGCCAUCGAGAAGCACGGCAAGAAGUUCACCGACCUCGUCGUCGGUAUCUCCGUCGGUAGCGAGGAUCUCUACCGUAUCUCCGUCGACGGUAUUGCCAACAAGGCCGGUGUCGGUGCCGAUAUCGAUGUCUUGACCAAGUUCGUCAAGGACACCCGCGACAGCCUCAAGGACACCGACCUCAAGAACACCCCCAUCGGUCACGUUGACACCUGGAACGUCUGGGACAACGGCACCGUUGCCUCCUUCAUCAAGGAAGUCGACUUCCUCGGUGUCGAUCUCUACCCAUACUACGAGAACGGCAAGAACAUCCCCAUGGAGGGCGGCAACGACAUCAAGAACGCUUUCCCCCUCUUUCAGACCGCCAUGAACGCUACCCUCAAGGCCGCCGGCGACAAGCCCGUCUGGAUCACCGAGACCGGAUGGCCCGUCACCGGUGAGAAGUGGGAGCAGGCACAGCCCUCCAAGGAGAACGCCCAAGAGUUCUGGCGCCAGGUUGGCUGCUACUACUUCGGCAAGGUCAACACCUUCUGGUACAUCCAGAAGGACAGCAACCCCGACAACAAGAUGAAGUUCGGUCUCGCUCCCGAGCUCAACGGCGAGCCUCUCUUCGACCUCAGCUGCCCCGACGACAUCAAGCGCCCCACCAACGGCGGCACUGUCAAGGGCGGAAACAACGGAAACAACAGCACCUCGGGCGGAAACAGCACAUCUGGUGGUAACAGCACCUCCAGCGGCAACAGCACCGGUCCCGGAUCCAACGCCCCCAACGGCGGCUCCGCAGGCCCCAAUGCCGGCAGCAACCCCUCCGCUCCCGUAAACUCCAACGCCGGGUCGUUCGUCAAGACCAACGCCGCCGCUUUGGCUCUGUCCAUGGUCUUCGCCGUCGCUGCUUGGGCUUUGUAAAUAUGAGCAUUGUGGAAUAGGGGACCAUGUGGUUGUGCACUGUACAUUGUUACAUGGGAACUCUUGUACCUUCUGGAGGGACGGCUGCUGUUCUUCC